CCAGCGAAUAAUCACUACAUUACAGCCAUACAUACCCACAUUCCCAUUUUCUCCAUUUUCUAAAUAAGACGGCGUCUCUUAAUAAUCCCUUCGUAUCCAAGUCUUUCCUCCUCGAACACCAAUCUUGUAGAUCCUCUAAACCGAACAAGAAAGUCCAACACCUUUCUCCGGUUUAGAAUCUGCAUUUUAACUUCGAAAUCUUGAAGCUUUGGCUUGAGAGAUUUAGACAUAAUCAAAAAGAUGAGUUUCAGGGAUGAAACAGAGGAUGCGAGGAAUGAUCUGCGACGACCGUUCAUCCACACGGGAAGCUGGUACAGGAUGGGUUCGAGACAAUCUAGUAUGAUGGGUUCGUCUCAGAUUAUUAAAGACAACUCAAUCUCUGUUCUUGCUUGUGUCUUGAUCGUUGCUCUUGGUCCUAUUCAAUUCGGAUUCACUUGUGGUUAUUCUUCUCCAACACAAGCUGAAAUCACCAAGGAUCUUGGUUUAACUGUAUCUGAGUACUCUGUGUUUGGUUCUCUGUCCAAUGUGGGUGCUAUGGUUGGUGCAAUUGCUAGCGGUCAGAUCGCUGAAUACAUUGGAAGAAAAGGGUCUCUGAUGAUUGCUGCAAUUCCCAAUAUCAUUGGAUGGCUUUGCAUAUCAUUUGCAAAAGAUACUUCUUUUCUUUACAUGGGACGGCUUUUAGAAGGCUUUGGUGUUGGUAUCAUCUCUUACACGGUGCCUGUAUAUAUAGCUGAGAUAGCUCCACAAAACAUGAGAGGAGGAUUGGGUUCAGUUAACCAGCUUUCUGUAACAAUUGGAAUAAUGCUGGCCUACUUACUUGGACUCUUUGUUCCAUGGAGAAUUCUAGCAGUUCUUGGGACAUUGCCGUGCAUAGUUCUUAUACCAGGCCUCUUUUUCAUCCCAGAGUCUCCUCGCUGGCUGGCAAAGAUGGGUAUGACUGAUGAUUUUGAGACUUCAUUACAAGUUCUUAGGGGAUUUGAGACUGAUAUUACCGUUGAGGUUAAUGAGAUUAAGAGAUCUGUAGCAUCAUCUACAAAGAGAUCAUCUACAGUUCGGUUUGUAGAUCUCAAGCGCAGGAGAUACUAUUUCCCUCUUAUGGUUGGUAUAGGGUUGCUUGUACUUCAACAACUCGGUGGAAUCAAUGGCGUCCUGUUUUAUUCUAGUACAAUCUUUGAAUCUGCAGGAGUUACAUCGAGUAACGCAGCAACAUUUGGGGUUGGUGCUAUUCAAGUAGUGGCGACUGCAAUAUCAACAUGGUUGGUGGACAAAGCAGGUCGUCGGCUUCUGCUUACCAUCUCUUCGGUUGGGAUGACGAUUAGCCUUGUGAUUGUUGCAGCUGCUUUCUACCUUAAGGGAUUUGUGUCUCCUGAUUCAGACAUGUACAGUAUGCUGAGCAUCUUGUCAGUAGUUGGAGUAGUGGCAAUGGUUGUUUCUUUCUCAUUGGGAAUGGGACCAAUCCCAUGGCUCAUUAUGUCUGAGAUCCUUCCUGUGAACAUAAAGGGUUUAGCUGGGAGUAUAGCAACUUUAGCCAAUUGGUUCUUCUCUUGGUUGAUCACCAUGACUGCUAACUUGCUCUUAGCCUGGAGCAGCGGAGCAACUUUCACGAUAUACGGAGUGGUUUGUGCAUUCACAGUGGUGUUUGUGACUCUGUGGGUUCCUGAGACCAAAGGGAAAACGCUUGAAGAACUUCAAGCCUUAUUCAGAUGAGAAGACUUAAAACAAGUUCAUUCUUUGCAUUUAUCUCUCUCUACAUCUGUUUUGGACAAGGACGGAAGAAGCAACAAAGAAGUGUGAGAUUUUUCCAGCUGUUGGGCUGAGAAGUUACUAAGAUUUGUUUGUUUGUUAUGUGUCAAUAAUCUUUUGUUACAAUGUAUAUGACCACACUUUCAAGUUUUUUUUGUUUGUAAUUUGAUCAAGUUAUUCUCAUAGACUACAGAUUAUGCAUUGCCAGAAAUGAACAAUGAUGAUCUAGAAUUUUUAACUUUA